ACCGGCUGUGUGCCAGGGGCUGUUCUAGCAGGGACCAACUCAUGCUCUGGAAAAUGGCGGUAAUAAUAAUAUCUACCCCAAAGGGUUGUUCAAAGGGUUAUGCCUGGUACACAACAGACGCUCAAUAAACGUCAUCUAUUAUUCAAAUUACUACAAAAUAUUAAUGAUAGUAAUUAUGUUUUAUAUAGAGAUAUAAAUACAUAAAUAUAUUUAUUGUGAAAAAAUAUAAAAAUAAUAAUGCCACUCACAAUUCUCAUUUGAGGUCCCUCAGUCCAAGGCUGGUUAACGAGCAUGACACGCCCAGCCAGGGGACAGAUUUUGAGGCCAUUGUGAAGAAAAGAGAUGAUGUGGGUGCAGACAGGGAAAUGGAUGGAAGACAAUUGAGUGGAAAAGGUUGAGAGAUGACUUAGUGGGUGUUGAAGGCUCCCAUUUGUGUUGAUUAUAUUUAAAGGGAAAUACCGUUGACUGAUGGGGUUACUCACCCGAGGAAAAUUCCCUGGAUUUUAACCAGGUGGGGUGGGGAGGGAGGGUGUGCCUGGCUGGCGUGUCAGCAGCUAACUCGUGGCUCGUGCUCCGUGUGGACCAGGCGCUGGGCUCAGCUCUUCACGCCUGCUCACCUGGUGAAUUCUCACAACUCCCUCUGAGGUGGGUAUAGUAUUAUUCUCAUUGUACAGAUGCGAAAACUGAGGCACAGAGAGGUUAAGUGACUUGCCCAAGGCCACACAGCUGGUGCGGGUUCACGUUUUGAAAGCUGGCACACAUUUUUAUUCUACUGAUGAAAAUAACACGAAAGCAGAGGGCCAGACUCGGAACACACACACACCCAGUGGCUUGACCUCUUGGUUGCUACUUGGCCCGGGGAAGGGGGUUGGCGGGAGCGCCCCAGCUUCCCCUCUGCCUUUCCUGUUGCGUCAGUGCCAGCUGGAGCUCAGUGCCACCCAGCCCAGAAGAGUCAGCAGAGAGCCGCAGGGCCAGGUCACUGAGAUCAGGCGGGAGCGUCUGCCGUCUAUCCCAGCCCUUGCGCUGUGCCAUGUGCUUUACACAUGUUGACUCCUCUGGGCCUCCCCAAACCAGUGAGGUAGGUCCACCUUGGUGACUGUCACCUCCCAGACGAGGAAACUGAGAAACAGCCAACCGAAACUGCUCCUCCGGAGUCUCGGAGCCUGGGUUGCUCAGCGCCCCCAGCUCUUCUGCCUUCCGACGCUCCCGAAUCUCAGAUUUUUGGAGGACAAUAUUCUAGGGCCCGGAGUUGCGGAGUGGGACUAACACGGUUCAGAACUCAGCUGUGUUACUUGCUCAGCUGAGUGAUCUUAGGUGUCCGCGGCCUGGAUGGAGAACGCAUCCCUCAACUACGACUACGCGCACUACGACCACCUGCCCGACCUCCCCGUGGACUGCGCGGACCACGCCUGCGCCUCCACCGACCCCCUGGGCACCGCCCCGCUCCUGCUCUAUGCCGCUGUCUUCCUGGUGGGGGUGCCGGGCAACGCCAUGGUGGCCUGGGUGACCGGCAAAGAGGCCCGCCAGAGGGCGGGUGUCACCUGGCUCCUCCACCUGGCCGUGGCAGACCUGCUCUGCUGUGGCUCCCUCCCCAUCCUGGCCGUGCCCAUCGCCCGCGGGGGCCACUGGCCGUUCGGGGCCGUGGGCUGCCGGGCCCUGCCCUCCGUCAUCCUGUUGUCCAUGUACGCCAGCGUCCUGCUCCUGGCCGCGCUCAGCGCCGACCUCUGCCUGCUGGCCCUCAGGCCCACCUGGGGGACCGCGGCUCGGCGGAUGCGCAGGGUGCGUGCGGCCUGUGUGGCAGCCUGGGCACUGGCCUUGCUGCUGACCAUCCCCUCGGCCAUCUACCGCCGGCUGCACCAGGAGCAUUUCCCACGCCGGCUGGAGUGCGUGGUGGACUACGGGGGCUCGGUCACGGCUGAGAGCACCGUGACCGCCAUCCGGUUUAUUUUCGGCUUCCUGGGGCCCCUGGUGGUCGUGGCCAGCUGCCACGGUGCCCUCCUGUGUCACGUGGCCCAAUGCCGCUGGCCGCUGGGCAUAGCCGUGGUGGUGGGGUUCUUUGUCUGCUGGGCCCCCUACCAGAUGCUGGGGCUGGUCCUCGCCGUGGCUGCCCCACACUCCGCGCUCCUGGCCCGGGCCCUGCGGGCUGAACCCCUGGUCGUGGGCCUUGCUCUUGUUCACAGCUGCCUCAAUCCCGUGCUUUUCCUGUAUUUCGGGCGGGCUCAGCUGCGCCGGUCACUGCCAGCCGCAUGUCGCUGGGCCCUGAAGGAGUCGCAGAGCAAGGAUGAAAGUGUGGUCAGCAAGAAAUCCACCAGCCAUGACCUGGUCUCGGAGAUGGAGGUCUAGGCUAGCCGGAAACUGGUUUGUAUCUUCCUGUCUCAUUUCACAAGGUAGCUUCAGGCAUAGCUGGAUCCAGGGGAUCAAUGAUAUUAUCAUGUAUUCUUUUAUUCAUUCAAAACAUUUGUUAUGCACCUGCUAUGUGAAAGGCCCUCUUAUAGGCACUGGGGAUGUAGCAGUGACCAAAACAGAGACAAAUCCCUACCCUCAAGGAGCUAACAUUCUAGUGGAGGAAGACAGACAAUAAGCAAAGAAAUGGAGGAAUGUGGAAUAUGUCAAGUGGUGAUAAAUGCUGAGGAACCUAAAGGGACAAAGAGGGAUGAGUGGGGCAGGAAUAUAGGUCAGCCAGGCAAGGCCCCUUUGGUAAGAUGAUAUUUUGAGCCAAGACCUGAAGAAAGGAGGGAGGAGUCAUGCUUAAAUCUGAGAGAAAAGCAUUCUAAGCAAGAGAACAGCAAGUGCAAAGGCCCUGGGGCAGAAUGUGCUUGGCAUAUUCCAGGAACAGGGAAGAGGCCAGUGUGGAUGGACCAGCGUGAGCAAGAGGGAGAGUGGUGUGAGAUGAAGGGAGAGAGGUAGUGGGGGGCCGGACUUGGAAAGCCUUUGGGGCCAUAGCAUGUGUCUGGGGGUCCAUGGGAGGGUUCUGAGCUACCAUUACCAGACAAAAUACAAACACCCAAUUAAAUUUGCGUUUCAGACAACAACAAAAUUUGUUUAGCAUGAGUAUAUCCUAUGCACUAUUUGAGACACACUUAUGCUAAAAAAUUGUUGGUUGUUUAUCUGAAAUUCAAAAUGGAGCAUUCUAUAAAUUGUUUUUCUAAAUCAGGAAACCCUGUUCUGACCAGAGAAGCGUCUUGAUUUGACUCCGAUUUUAGUAGGAUUCCUCUGAUUGCUGAUGGGGACUCUGGGAGAGGGGGGAAGGGAAGUGAGGAGUCUACUGCAAUAGUCCAAGCAAGUGAUGGUGACGUGGGUCAACGUCCUAGUGGCAGAGGUGGCGAGAGAGCGACAGACUAUGGAUCUAUUUUGAAGGAAAGGCCACGUCCAAGCUCCUGAGUUUAGUAUUCGAGGCUUCUUUCCACAUGUUCUAGCUGCUCAGAUCCUGUAGCAGACGGAAUAACGGCCCCUCAUGAGGCCCAGACCCUAACCCCCAAACCUUUGAAUCUGUGACCCUACACGGCAAAAGGAACCUCGCAGAUGUGGCUAAGUUAAGGAUCUUGGGGUGGGGAGAGGAUCCUAGGUUAUCCAGCUGGGCCCAAUGUCAUCUCUAGGGUCCUUAUGAGAGGGAGGCAGGAGCGUCAGAGUCAGUGGGAGGAGAUGUGACAAGAGAAACAAACAUCAGAGUGAGUGAGGAAGGGGUCACGAGCCAAGGAAUGCGGGCGCCUCCAGAAGCUGAAAAAGCCCAGGGAAAUGGAUUCUCUCGAAGCCCCCAGAAGGAACGCAGACUAGCUGACGCCUUGACUGUGGGCUUCCGACUCCAAAACUGUAAUAGAAUAAAUUUGUGCUGUUUUUAAGUCA